AUGGAAGCUGUGACAGAAAUUUCCAAGGCUCUGCAAGACCUUAUCAACAAGUUUGAUGAAGUUAAUCUCGAGGUGGUCAAGAAUGCAUUGAUCGAUGCUGCUGAUGAUGAAGACGAUGAAAACGCAACGAUUCCCUGCGAACAAUUAUCAGUUAUUGAAUCGGAUGAUGAAGGAGUAAAAAAUGAAGUCCGUGAUCACGUUGUAAUCGAAGAGGGUGUUGAGAAGUUGAUUCUCACUGGUGGUGAUGCACAAGCCGAUUUGAGCAUAGAUGCAGGAACAACUAAUGUGCAAGUGGAUGAAAAGUCGGAGCCUAUGAACAAAGAGAGCGAUAUCAAUCAUGAAUGGUCAAACGAAGAAUAUAAGAGGGAACUGGAAAAAUAUAAAAAAGAGCAUCAUAUAAAUUCCACGACCGAUCAACGAAAUGAAACAUCAUGCGACCUGUACAUGCGCUGUCGCAACCAAAUGCACUUGGCUGUGGAUAGUUGCGCUUGGCGGUUUGCCAGUAGCAAAAUAUUGCCAACCUUGGCUGAAAGUGCUGAAAGCCUCCUUUAUAAGGGAGAAGAGUUUUGCGAUCCUGCCGAACAACCGCUCUACGAGGAAUUGUACGAGUUGGUUAUCAAACGGAACACCCGCUUGCGUACCUGCUUGGACGAAAUGAAUGCAGUUUUUGGAGAAGAGUUUUGCGAUCCUGCAGAACAACCGCUUUACGAGGAAUUGUACGAGUUGGUUAUCAAACGGAACACACGCUUGCGUACCUGUUUGGACGAAUUGAAUGCAGUUUUUGUAAGUAUCUUUAUGUAA